CGCUGCGGAGCCCGGCGGGCUCCGGCCGCCCCCGAGCCCCCGCCGGGGCAGCCGGCGCCGGUUUGGAGGCUCGUUUUGCAGUGGCUGCACGCUGCCACCAUGGCGCCGAGGCUCCCAGGAAUGGGGCCCUUCUCCCUCCUCAGCCUUGGAGUCCUGCUCCUGGCUCUCCCUGGUGAUGCUAAUGGGCUCUCUCAGAAGCACGUCUCAGACGUGGUGGAUGACAGCAAGGACAACAUCACCAUUUUCACACGCAUCCUGGACCGGCUCCUGGACGGCUACGACAACCGCCUGCGGCCUGGCCUCGGAGACAGUGUAACUGAAGUCAAGACAGACAUUUACGUGACGAGUUUCGGCCCUGUCUCGGACACAGACAUGGAAUACACCAUUGAUGUUUUCCGCCCUCCCGUUCAAAUGCCUCUCCAUGGACAAUGGCACCUCCUGUACACCAUGAGGCUGACCAUCCACGCCGAGUGCCCCAUGCACCUGGAGGACUUCCCCAUGGACGUGCACGCCUGCCCCCUGAAAUUUGGGAGCUAUGCCUACACGAAGACAGAGGUGAUCUACACCUGGACCCUGGGGAAGGAUAAAUCUGUGGAAGUAGCCAAGGGUGGAUCUCGCCUGAACCAGUAUGACCUGCUGGGCCACGUGGUUGGCACGGAGAUGGUUCGAUCCAGCACAGGGGAAUACGUCGUCAUGACCACACACUUCCACCUCAAGAGGAAGAUUGGGUACUUUGUGAUCCAGACCUACCUGCCCUGCAUCAUGACUGUCAUCCUGUCCCAGGUGUCCUUCUGGCUCAACAGGGAGUCUGUCCCUGCCCGCACGGUUUUUGGUGUCACCACGGUGCUCACCAUGACCACACUAAGCAUCAGCGCCAGAAACUCCUUGCCCAAGGUGGCGUACGCGACGGCCAUGGACUGGUUCAUAGCCGUCUGUUACGCCUUCGUGUUUUCUGCGCUGAUCGAGUUCGCCACCGUCAACUACUUCACCAAGCGCAGCUGGGCCUGGGAUGGCAAGAAGGUGCUGGAGGCCCAGGAGAUGAAGAAAAAAGAGCCAGUGGCGCUGGCCAAGAAAACCAACAACACCUACAACAUCGUUGGCACCACCUACGCCCUGAACAUCUCCAAGGAGCCCGGCCUGCCCACCAUCUCCAAGAGUGCUGCUGCCACUGCCACUGCCACCAGCGUGCCCCCCAAGCUGCCCCGCCUGGAGGAGAAGCUCCCCGAGAGCAAGAAGACCUACAACAGCGUCAGCAAGGUAGACAAGAUGUCCCGCAUCGUCUUCCCAGUGCUCUUUGCCAUUUUCAACCUGGUCUACUGGGCCACCUAUGUGAACCGGGAGUCAGCUAUCAAGGGAAUGAUCCCCAAACAGUAAAACAGGUCACACAAACCUUCCAUCUGUCAGCAUCACCCCAGCAGGAAUUCUCCAGGGCUUUCUUAUUUUCUUGUUUUGUUUAAUUAUUAUUGUUCAUUUGGUAUUAUGAUUAUGGUUAUUAUUAUUAUUAUUAUGUCACUCUUUUAUAAUGUAAACAAAACUGUGAUUUUAAUUUAAUCCCAUAUAUACUUUGGUUUCGUUUACUUUGAUGAUGAAAGCUAAAAAAAAAUAAUAAGGGAUCAUAACAAGUUGUGCCUCUAACAUCUUAAGUCUGCUGUCACCCAUCUGACCAAGUCCCCCUGUGCUGCCAUCUCUCCUCUGCCACCUCCUGUGGUCCCCAUGGUCUUCAUGCCUCUGCCAUUUCAUGCUCCUCCUCCUCUGAGAUGGGCUGCCCUGGCACGGGGGAUGCUCCUGGACACCUGGCUGCAGGCUGUGCCACUCACUCAGCCUGGCUCCUCUUCAGUGCCCGGCACUUCCUGCUGGCUCCUGCACCUGGGCUGUGAGUGCAGGUGAGCUGGUCACCUGUGGGGACAGGGGAGCAGCCUGGCAUGGGCCAGCUGGGGCAAUCCUACCACUGCUGUGGUCCCCAGAGCCAUUGGUGGCAGCAUCUUGUAGGAACUGCAGGUCUUCUUCCUCUCUGUCUUCACCAAACCCAGCUGGUUUUGUGUCUCCAGACCAGAAAGGUCCUGGCUGGCUGGCAUCCUGCACUCUUGGGGCAGUUUGUGUUAGCAGAAGUGUGGUUCCCACCAGAGAAUUCAUUUUUCUCAGUCGGGAACUCCAGGCAGAAGCUUUACAAAGCCUUGGAGGAGGUGGCAGCUGUGCGGCUGCAGGCACCCAGCACCAGGCCUGGCCACCACAGAGCCCCUGCUCAGGGGGAUGGUCUGGCACUUUCUCUUACGGCCCCAUCCACUCAUCCUUCUCAGCAGAUCCUCUGUCCCACCCCUUCUUCCAGCCUCCCCUUCGCCUUCCCCUGGCUGCCCAGCAGCCCUCAUUGGUGUGUCAGUGCUCACACCUGGAUUUAGGCAGGGCAGCUCCCUCCCCUCGGGUCUGAUGGGGAGGAGCCCAGCCUGGGGCAGCCCAGCUCAUGGCAAACCCCAGCUCCAGUGCAGGAUGUUCCCUGGGGGACCUGCCACAGGGACGAGCCAGGGGAUGGGUGAUCCCCAGGGCUCUCCCUGCCCCUGGUGAGCUGGAGCAUCCCAGCACCACGGGAAAACAGCAGAAGGGGCUCUUUGGAAGAGCAGGGUAACACUGCUGUCCCACAGAGCCACCUGAGCCGGGCGCCAUCCCACAGAGCAGCUGAGGCAAGGCCCAGUCUAACACUGCACACUCCUGCAAGGAAAGCCCUCCAGUGCCUUGCAGAGAGGCUUUUCCUCCCUUCCUGACCACCACAGUGCACCCAAACUGGUGUUUGUCCCUUUCCCAGCAGCAGCACAGAGUGGGGACAUCCAAGCCAUCUGUCCAUGGGCACCCUGUCCUCCUGCAAGGAGGGACAUCCUGUGCCUGCUGAUUCCCUGGGGUGGCAUGGUCCUGCUGCCACAGAGGAGUGCACCCCCUCUUCCUUGGGCCUCCCUCUGCCCCCCAGAGCUGUCCCCAGUGUGUUUUGGGUUCAUGCAGCCAAGCCAAGGCCCCAGCACCCCCAGGGUGAUGCCUUCAGCAUUGCUUUGAGCCCCUGUGCCAGGCUUAGCUUCCCCCGCCCCUGCAGGAGCAGGGCUGAGCACAAGGCACAGAUUUCCCCACCUGGAAUAUCCAUGGGAGCGUCAGGAGGGAGUGAGGAAGGCCAGGGCACUCUGUCCUGCAGUGGGUGGCACUGGUGCAUGUCCUGCCUGUCCCUCAUGGCUCAGCAGCACUGCAGUCACUCCCCCCACCCACAGCUGAGAUUUGCAGAGCAGUUUGGAGAUGUUUAGCCCAGUCCCAUGGUGUUGAGUCCACAUGGCUGGCAACACUGGGGAGGAGGAACCAGAAAUUCCCCCCUUCCUCCCCAAAAUGCUGCUAAGGAAACCAGCUCUGUCCACACCCUCUCCCACAGCACCUGCAGCCCAAACCGUGUCAUUUCUACAGUGCCUUUCAUCCCAGGGGCUCCCUGCUGGCUGGGAGGACCCAGGAGCUCUCCCACUUUGUCUGGGGGAGCAGAGGGGAGGGUGCAGCAUCCCCAGCCCUUCUGCUGGGCAGGGAGGACAUCCUGGCUCCUUGGGCACCUGGUUCUGCCUGCUGGGCCUCCUGCUGCUGCUGCAGCCACCCCACUGUGACACCCCAGCUGCCCCAUCCCUGCCUGGAUGUGUCCCCAAGCCCCUCACCCCCAGUUGUGA